AUGGCUUGGAGGAUGAUACAAGAAAAGAACAAGAAAUGGGUGGAAGUUCUUAAAGCAAAACAUUUUAAAAAUGAAGAUAUUCUUCAAGAAGAGGUUUCAAGUAAAGGGAAUGAUAUCUGGAGAAGUAUAAGCACUGGAAUCAAAUGGGUGAAACAAUUUCAUAUUUGGCAGAUUGGGAAUGGGAAGAUAGUUUAUGCUUUCAGAGAUAAUUGGAUUGAAGGAUACACUGCAGCUCAAGUACAACAAAAUUUCUCUAACUAUGAGGAAUAUCCUUACUAUAUGAAAGUCGAUGAGUUAAUUGAUAGUCAUACUCAGAGCUGGAAUUUGAAUCUUCUUCAACAUUACUUUACUCAAGAUCAGAUAGAGAAAAUCAGUCACAUAAAACCUUCAAUGCAGCAAGAAGAUGAAAUGGUUUGGUCUCUAACUAGAAAUGGCCAAUUUACAGUUAACUCCACAUACAAGGCAAUUCUCUGUCAGCAAAAUCAAAAUCUGGUUAACAAAGAGGAGGAAGUUAAAUACAAUCAAAAUCAGCAAAUCAACUGCCAAAGAUGUAAUGAGGAAGAAGAAAAUAUCACCCACAUGCUGCUCAAAUGCAAUUAUGCCAGAGAUGUUUGGAAUGUUGUUGAUCCUCAGAUUGGCCAACAAGUUGAUAGCAUCAAUGAUAUACAACAAUGGCUAAGAAGCUGGAGCAACUCGAACAAUAAUAUUUGUUUCAGAAGGAAAACAACAGUUUAUCUAAUUACUGUUACUAUGUGGUUCAUCUGGAAAUCCAGAUGUGAGCUCAUUUUUAAUAACAGUAGAUAUCCCACCUCAAGCCUAAAACACAGGAUUUUAACUUACUGCACUGAGAAUAAAAUCCACAUAAAUCAGUCAGAAAGUACAAUCCAAGUUGACAGAAGCAUGAUAGGCAGAAAUGAAGCUAGUAGAGACUAUAAUAGAUGGUGUUCCCCUCCUAGAGGAAAAUUAAAAAUCAACAUUGAUGCUUCUAUUUUACCUAAUCAUAAUAUUGCUGGUAUUGCUCUAAUCAUAAGAGAUUUUACAGGGAGGAUGUUGGAAGCCUGGACGCUGGUAGAAAGAGUCAGAGAUGUCACCCAAGCUGAAGCAGUGGCAGUGCUUAAAUCUCUUCAGUGGAUUGUUCAGUUGCAGAUUCAGCAGGUCAUAGUGGAAGGAGACAACAAAGAAGUCAUGGAAAGUGUCAAGGGGCCUCAAAUUACUACAAGAGAGAGGAUGCCAAUAUUAUCAGAGAUUGUCAACAUCUAA